GGCCGGGCCGGGUCGGGGCUCCCUGGGCGCUGCUUCAGCCCUGCUUUUCCCUCCGCAGGCUCGGCGGCAGCAUGUGGCGGCGGCCGGCGUGGCAGGUGUUACGCCAGUUUGUAAGACAUGACUCUGAUACGGUUACCUCAUUGGCACUUGAAAGAUCCAUGAAUCGUGUUCAGCUGCUUGGUCGUGUUGGACAGGACCCUAUCAUGAGGCAAGUGGAAGGAAAAAAUCCUGUUACCAUAUUUUCCCUUGCAACCAAUGAGAUGUGGCGGACAGGAGAUAGUGAAGUGGGCCAGGGAGCUCAGGUACUUGAUACCAACACGUGAGAAAAGAAAUCCUGCCAAAGACUCUUCUGUUCUUGGGCUCUGCACAGCAUGAGACCACAAAUACACGUGGUGGAAUGAGCACCCACGGCUGCUUCAGUGGAAUAUUUUUUAAAAGCCAGGAGUAUAACUCGCGGAGCUGCUGUCAUCCCAGCUUCUGCCGUGCCAUUGCACACCCCUACAAAGCAGAACUAAAAUCUGAGGCUCAUUUCCUCAAGUUAGCUCUGUAAUUAUAACAGCCAUGCCUCACACAGCAACAAAGCUGAAGGGGAAGCUGCUGGAGUUUAAUCUUUCCUCUGGUAUUUCUAUCCCAGCUUUGCUUGGCCAGGAGCUGCUCAGGGCUGAAUUGAGCAGGACAAUGAGACUAUUAAGCACUUUGGCUUUGUUUUGCAUGCUAUGGAAACCCUAAUUCCCUCCUGGGAGAGGAUCUCUGUAAGAGGAGCAUCUGCAAGAGAAAGCAGCUGCCUCUCCAGGGAUAAGGAGCCUUGCAUCCCAUGUUUCACACUGCUCAGCUCAGACAGCUCCUCACCAGUUAUGCUAGAGAAGAUGGAGUCUUCAAAGUUGGUUGAGUUAAAAUGAGGGAAUAUUACUUCAUCUGUGUGCACAGAAAAUAUUUUACCUAGAAUCAGUCGUACUUUCCAUGUGCUCUUUUCCCUCCCAUUCUGUCUUGUAUGAAAACUAACAAAAAUUGCUAUGAAAUUUAUUUUAGGUGAAAUGUGAUUCAAAAAGGCUACAACAUGAAAUCUUUCAUUGCCUGAUGUGAAAUCAGGCAUUACUUGCAGUGUGUCUAUCAAAUGUUUUGAAAAUAGUCAGGCUUAGUGGCCAAAUGCAAACAAGGUCCAAGCAAUACGCCCAGCAUUCAAACCCCAUGCUGUUCCCAGCCCAGCUGUGACUUCAGGCUGAGCACCAGCUCACUGCCUGCCAGAGACUAGCAAAAAAUAUUCCUCUCCAAAAUGUCUGGCCUCAAUAAUACUGGGUGGUUUCUCUCCUG